AGAAGUAAUUUAAUUUACAUUGUAAUUUCAUCUCAAAAUAAUUUCAGCAGCUCUGUGAAAGCCUUUCAGAUUUGUAAGAGAACAGAAGCAAACAAGCAGCAUCAUGAAGACCAAGGAACACACAUGGUGGUGGUAGCAUCAUGUUGUGGAGUUGCUUUCUCUUGACAGGGAGACUCAUCAGCUAAAUGCUAGAAGAAAACUUGCAACAGACUUCAGAUUUCUAAAACAUAAGAAAUUCUAAUGAUAGAGCAAAAGCAUAUCCAAUCAUAAUCAAACAUGCUAUAUUCAAAUGUUAUAUAUGUGUUAGAAUGCCCCAAUCAAAUUCCAGAACUAAAUCUGUGGCAAGACAUGAUCCUUCUGGACAGAAGUGCUUUCCACCCAGUUUGAGUGAGCUUGAGCUGUUUUGCAAUGAAGACCUUGUUGGUAACUGUUGCAGAAACUCUGUUUAAAGUUCAUACACUAUAUUGCCAAAAGUAUUGAUUCACACCAUCAAAUCCAUGAAUUCUGGUGUUCCAAUCAAUUCAAUGGCUGCAGGUAUAUGAAGUUUGGUGUGGAGAGACUUGACUGGCCUGCACAAAGUCCUGACCUCAACCUUCUUGAACACCUUUGGGAUGAAUUAGAGCAGAGGCUGCAAUUCUGGUUUUCUCAUCUAACUAUGAACACACUCCUGAACCUUGUGGAUGAUAUUUGCAGAAUAGUUAAAGUUGCUAUUGCUGGCAACAGUGGGUCCAUCAACAAAUUGGACCUUAUAAAUUAACAAUAGAAUGUCAUCAAAGUUCAUGUACAUGUAAAACAAACAAACAUCUUUAGCAAUAUAGUGUAUAUAUCUAUCCAUCUAUUGACUAUAUCCACUUAUCCUGAGGGGUUGCAGGGGCGGAGGGGGGUCUAUCUCCAGUGGUUAUUGGGCGACAUGCCGGGAACAAACACAAGAAAAGGUAUUCAAACAUAGUGAUCACAAUUAAGGCACAAGUAAAAAAUAACACAAAAAAUUGACCAAAUGUACUAUAAUGUGAAACAGCAAGAUGUCCACAAUAUUUGAGUAAAAAAAAAACUAUUUCAGAUCAAAACAUAGUUGCAUUUGUAAUGUAAAAAGUAUACCAAAAAGGUGAUAGGAAAUUAUAUUACAGUAGGACAACGUAUAAAGAAAUAAACAGAUCAAUGGUAAAACAUGUUUCUUGUAUUGAUUUUCAUAGUAUUUGCAUCAGACUUCUGAGCAUUUAACAAUCAUGAACAGUAAUUUGAGUUUGAGUUGUCCAAAUCAUGCUUUUAAAGGGGAUGUGGUUAGCUGUGAAACUGUCAUAGAUUUCACUAGAUAAUUGCAUGUGCAAGCAAAGGAAGCCGUAUAAAAGGGUCAGCUUGACAAACUAUUGCACAGCUAGAAUUAGCCUGGUUUGCUGGCACCAUGUUCAGCCGGAAUGAAUUUCAGCGUUUCCUUGCUCUGAUAUUUCUCAGACAAACGGUUUAUGGAAGUAACAUCAUACAUGGCAAUAAAGCCCCUGCAAACUCCAUGCAGUAUAUGGUCUCAGUGCAAAGCAAUGGGCAUCAUGUAUGCGGAGGAUUUCUGAUCAGUGAGGACUUUGUGGUCACUGCUGCACACUGCAGUAUACCUACACCUGAUACGGUUGUUGUGGGAAAUCAGGAUCUCCAGAGUGCAAACAUUAAAAAAAUAAAAAUCGAAUACACAUGCAAAUUCCCUACUUACAAGGAUGUUGGCUAUGGCGAUGACAUCAUGCUUGUUAAACUCUCUGGGAGAGUGAACAAUGGAGUGAAAACCAUUCCAAUUCCAACUUUUGAUAUAUUCUUAGACGACAAUCAAAUAUGCUCGGUUGCUGGAUGGGGUAAAACCGAAGCACACAACCUCAGUCAUAAUCUGAGAGUGACAAAUGUGUCAAUCAUAAAUCCAAACGUCUGCUCGAGGCAGUGGAAUUAUACACUUCCACCCAAUGUGAUCUGUGCUGGUGGAUAUGGUACAAACAAAGGAUUCUGUCAGGGUGAUUCUGGUGGCCCUCUAGUGUGCAAUGGAAUAGCUGUUGGUGUUGUGUCAUUCAACAGAUCUAGAAACUGCAACUACCCAGAUGUACCCAACAUCUACACAGAUCUUUCUAAAUAUCGUCACUGGCUCAUCAGGGCUAUGAAGGAAAAGAGAUGUAAUCAGGCAAAGUUUUAGAAUGAUUACAAUGAUUGUUGCAGCUCAAGUUCAUAGUGUGUGGGUGGUGAAGUUGUGGCUCUUAUUUAGGUUGCUGUGUCAGCUUCUGCUCUUCAGCUGAAUUAGUCAAUAAAACAAAAGGCUUUGAAAUAA